CUACACUACAACAUCAGGUCAGUGUGCAGCGAUCCCCCCGUUCUUUAUUGUUUUGCUUUUUAUGCUUCAGGAUGAUUUGGGAUAGGCAGGAAGGUAUUGGAGAUAGAGGGGAUGACAUGUAGCAAAGGACCACGGGCAGGAAUCGAACCCGGGUCGCUGCAAUCAGGACUGAUCCUUCAUACGCGCUCUAUCCGGUGAGCCAUUCCUGUGGUUCUGAACGUUCGUCUGGACGUUCACCCCUUGGCGUGCCGCGGUCAUUGUAAUGGGUCUCGGCUGUAGGGAUGGUGUGUGAGGUAAGGACGUGGACGAAUCAGGUGACAGGAUGCUAGCUCGGAACCGCUUCAUUCUGCUGGUGUUGGUGGGGGCGGUGCUGGCUAUCGUCAGCCUCAGCCUCCAGUUCUUGAACCUGAUGCCCACCACUCCCCUGGAGAAGGAGCAGGUCCCGGGGGGGGCGGCGGGGACCGGCCUGGGGAAGAGCAGGAAGAGGGUCAUCCCUGUGCCCCACACCAAAGCCCCAGAGCUGGACCCCAUCGCCGAGGCCUAUGGCUACUGCAACACCCCCAACCGCACGGAGCAGGCCUGGGAGGGUCACAGUCCCGCGGACUACACCCUGCUCUCCGUUCAGGUCAUGAUUCGCCAUGGCGACCGCUACCCCCUCUACUCCAUCCCCAAGACCAAGCGUCCGACCAUCGACUGCACGCUGUCCCCCAACAGGAAGCCUUCCCACCCCCAGCUGAGCGCCUUCAUCAGCCACAUGGCCAACGGGGACCGCGGCCACUGGGAGUCCACCCUGGGCUCCGUGCCCCGCCUGCCCAACCACAGCGCCUGUGAGAUGGGAGAGCUCACGCAGACAGGCGUGGUGCAGCACCUGCGCAACGGCCAGCUCCUCCUCCAGGCCUACAAGCGCCACAGCCUCCUCCCCUCGGGCUGGUCGCCACGGCAACUCUGGGUGGAGACCACGGGCAAGAGCCGCACGCUGCAGAGCGGCCUGGCCUUCCUCUUCGGCUUCCUGCCCGACUUUGACUGGCCCAAGGUGACGGUGCGCCACCAGUGGAGCACGCUGUUCUGCGGCGCCGCCUGCGACUGCCCCGCCCGCAACCGCUACCUGGAGGAGGAGCAGCGGCGGCAGUACCGCCUGCGCGUGGGCGACGCCCAGCUGGAGAGCACCUACGCCGAGAUGGCGCGCGCCCUUGGCCUGCCCAACCGCCAGCUGCGAGCCGCCAACCCCAUAGACUCCCUGCUGUGCCAUCUGUGCCACGGCCUGCCGUUCCCCUGCCUGCAGACGGCGCCCGGCGGGGGCGGCGCCAAGGCCUGCCUGACCAUGGAGCAGUUCUCGGUCAUCCGGCGCCAGCAGCUGGACGACGAGGCGGACAAGCGGCAGGUGGGGCUGUACCGCAAGUACGCCGUCCUGGCAAUGCACCCCUACCUGAACCGCACGGCGGCCCGCAUGGAGCGGGCGGCGCGGGCCAAGCCGGGCACGGCGGCUGCGGAGGUGGCGCUGGCGCUGGCGGCGGCGCACGAUGUCACGGUGGCGCCGCUGCUGAGCGCGCUGGGCCUGGAGGAGGCCCGCUUCCCCCGCUUCGCCGCCAGGGUGGUGUUUGAGCUGUGGAGGAGCCCCCCCGCGGCGGGGGGCAAGCCGCCGGCGAAGGGCAAGGGCAAGGGCACGCCCGGCGGCGAGGCGUUCGUCCGGCUGCUGUACGACGGCGAGGACGUGACCUUCCACACGGCGUUCUGCCGCGGCCACAAGCGCCACGGAGCCCGGCCCCUGUGUCCCCUGAAGAACUUCCUGUCGUACGUGAGGAGGGACAUGUUGGCCCUGCUGAACGCCUCGUCCUACCAGGAGGCCUGCUACAAGCGGCCUGGCUGAGGGGUGGUCCCACGGACCCCCGGAGCGUGGGCAUUACAGAGACGACACAUCGUCCAGGGCUUUGGUUUCCUUCUUUUUAUUUUGUUUCAUUUCCACUUCUUUUUAUAAUGGUGCUUUUGUGCUGUUGAUAGUGUCUUAAAGAGUAGCUAAGCGCAGUAUCCACAAACCUCAGGAGGACCAAACGAAACCGGUGGCCGGGUGCUCGCUCUCAAUGCCCCUGGGCAGGAAGAGGAGUCAUCACCUGGAGAGGGACGGAACAAUAGCCAGCGAUGGCCAGAGAUGGCGCUGUAGAUAAGCUUUGAUGGGAAUGUUUGGUUCCUGUUAGAAAAUGUUUUUUUAUGUCCCUUUACAUUCCUUUAGUUUAUACACAUUCUUCCUUAAGGACGGAGGGCUCUGUUCCUUGAGUUUGACCUCUGCCCUAUUCAGAUCAAGUUGACAGCAAUGUCUUUAAGAAACCAACAAUUGUAAACCUUUGUACACCGCUUUUUCUAAAUAUUGUCUUUUCAGAACAUGUUUGUACGCUAAAUGCAAUUGGUCGGAAAUACAACAGCACAUGGCCACUUUAAAUCUCUACCUUUUCUAUAAGAGCAUAGGGUGUUGAAAUGUCGUUGCUUGAUGCUAACAUUAACUGCCUGUUUGAGAAGGGAGAAAGACCGGGGAAAUAAACCUCACAAUGCUGGAUUAGUAAUUCCUGUUUAAUGUGUAGUCAGUAUUAAACAUGUAGAGUUUAAGGGAAAA